AUGUCGUCUAACACGUUAAACUUAUUAUUGUGCACAGUGUUAUGCGUUCUAGUGAGUUCUAAUUCUCAGACAGUUCACAGACGCUUUGAAUACAAAUAUUCAUUUAAGCCGCCGUAUUUAGCUCAAAAAGAUGGAUCUGUUCCGUUCUGGGAGUAUGGAGGAAAUGCGAUAGCGUCAGGCGAGAGUGUGCGACUUGCGCCAUCACUUAGAAGCCAAAAGGGUGCGAUAUGGACGAAGCAGCCCAUCAACUUCGAUUGGUGGGAGGUGGACAUCAUGUUCAAGAUCACGGGAAGAGGGAGAAUUGGUGCCGAUGGUUUGGCAUUCUGGUACACCACACAGCGUGGAGAGUACACAGGUGACGUCUUCGGCUCCUCAGACAGGUGGAAUGGUCUCGGCGUCAUCUUCGACUCCUUCGAUAACGACAACAAACACAACAAUCCAUACAUCAUGGCCGUGUUGAAUGAUGGCACUAAGAACUUUGAUCACAAGAGUGAUGGUUCCACUCAGCUCCUGUCAGGUUGUCUCAGGGACUUCAGGAACAAGCCGUUCCCAACGCGCGCACGUGUGGAGUACUACAUCAACACUCUUACUGUUUACUUCCAUAAUGGUCUAACCACCAACGAAGCGGACUACGAGCUCUGUUUCCGCGCGGAGAACGUGGUCCUUCCUCGCGGAGGGUUCUUCGGACUCUCGGCGGCCACCGGCGGCCUCGCCGACGACCACGACGUCAUACACCUGCUCACGUCAUCGCUGCACAGCACUCAGCAGACUGGUGGUCAACAAAUAAGCAGCGAUGAACAGCAGAAACUGUCGCAAGAGUACCAGGAGUACCAGAAGAAGUUGGACCAGCAGAAGGAGGACUACAGGAAGGAACAUCCCGAUGAGGUGCGAGACAAGGAGGGCGAGUUCGACGACUGGUUCGAGUCGGACGGUCAGCGCGAGCUGCGCCAGAUCUUCCAGGGACUCGGACACAUACAGGACGUCAUGCGCGAUCUGCACAAGAAGGUGGACGAGGUGGUGGGUAAGCAGAUGAACGCGCUGUCGAUGCUGACGGCGGUGUACAGCCACACGCAGGGGCAGCCGCUGCAGCCUGCACAGGUGGGGCAGGCGGGGCAGGUGCCGCAGAUGCCAGCGUUGCCCAUCACGCGCCAGGACUGGGACGUGCUGGUCGCCAACAACCAGAUCAUGAUCAACACCAUUGCGGAGCUCAAAGCAUUCGUGAUAGAAGUGUCUCGCAAGUCGGACUCGCUGUUGGCGGGUGGGGCGGUUGGUGCGGCUGGUGCGGUCGGGGCUUCCCCGCAGCUGGUGGGCGAGCUGCGCGACGGGCUGCAGCAGGUGAAGCAAGCAGUGGCCAACGUGGCGCAGAGACUGCCGUCGUCGCCCCCGGUGGUGGCGCAACCCAUGUGCCCCACCGUGUCCUGCGCGAGCACCACCACCAUACUGGUGGUGGUGGCCGCUCAACUGCUCCUCAUGUUCCUCUACGGGCUGUACAAGGAAAGAAAGGAAGCACAAGCAAAGAAGUUCUUC